AUGUCACUACCUCGUACCACUGGAGCGCUUGUGCGCUCAAGUACAUCCUUUCUACGAUUCGCCGCACCCCCGUUUGCUCCCCGCAGAUGCCCGCAAUGCUCCCGGUCCUUCGCCUCAUCGCUCCCCAGGCGCCAGUCAACCAAGCGCCAAAUGCAGACGGCGACCGCAUAUCACCCUUCGUCAUUAUAUCCAGAGCCGCCACCACGCAAUGUUGGCGUACCCGACACUUCAAUCGCUGGUGGAGCCACCGAGGCAAAGAACACAACAUUACCACAAACACCUCCGCACGACCGCAACGCAGCCUCCCAGGCCGAACAAACCACCGUCAGCAUACCUGAAGGCGAAGCACAAAAGCCUCAGCAGGUCGCAAGCCCUAGCAAACCACUUCGGCCACGCCGAUACAACUUUGGACCUCGAAAGGCGACAAUCAAGCUCUCGCCCUCCGCUGUGGCGCACUUGCGCGAACUCCUCGAAUUGCCAGAGCCCAAGCUCAUUCGAAUAGGCACAAAGGCAAAAGGCUGUUCGGGUCUCGCAUAUCACCUAGAGUAUGUGGACAAGCCAAGCCCGCUGGACGAACAGGUUGAGCAAGAUGGCGUGAAGGUGUUGAUUGACAACAAGGCGUUGUUGAACAUCAUUGGUAGUGAGAUGGACUGGUUGGAGGACAAGCUCAACGAGCGAUUCAUUUUCAAGAAUCCAAACAUCACUGAGCAAUGCGGGUGCGGAGAAUCAUUUAGUGUAUCAUGA